AUGUCCAAGUCCGACUACACUGCAACGAAGCCGGAGGAUGGCCAGGACGCCCUCUACAAGGCAGACGCCUCCAGGAGCGCCAAGUCGAGGUGGUACUACCACCGCCAGGAAUUGAGCGACCGCAUCGCCUGGUUCUACGCCGGUAGCUCGCUCGCCAACGCCUUUGGCGGCCUCAUUGGCGCUCUGUUCAUCAUCGAGGGCGUCAUCACCGUCGGCGUGUCCCUCUUUUCGACCCUCUUCCUCCCCAACUACCCGGACGACACCGCCUGGCUCGACGAGACCGAGCGCGCCUACACCCACAUCAAGGAGGCCCUGGUGAUGGAUUUCAAGGACAGCCGCAUCUACCUGUUCAUCCUGCUGCAGCAUCUGUCGCUGCUGUCGCAGACCUUCCAGUACUUCUUCCCCACCAUCGUAAAGGCCCUGGGCUACGGCAACAUCGAGACCCUACUCAGCACCGCCCCCGUCUGGAUUGCAACCUGUGUCGUGGGCUGUGUCAUCUGCACGGCGUCCACCAACAUCGGAGCCAAGUUCGCCAUGUUCCUGAUGCCCAUGGGGGCUAUUUUCGCCUACCCCUGGGUGGCCAACUCCUUUUCCCGCCCCCUGGUCAAGCGCUCUGCCACGAUCUACGGCAGCUACAUAUGGCCCGCAUCCUUUGGUCCUCGCUACAUCCCCGGCGGCGCGACUAUGGCCAGCGUGGCCGUGCUGGUGGCCGUGCUGGCCUAG